CCACGCGCCCAAUCCUUUUUCUCAUAUAUAUAUAUAUAUAUAUAUACACACACACACGCACACAUUUAUACUUUUCCCUAGUCCAGUGGUUAGUUUUUUAUGUGGUAUAUUGAGAUUUGCCCCCGCUAUUGUUUGGUUGCAGCGAAAGAACCAUGUUGAUGGUGGCGAAAUCGUCACCGAACUUGUUCUGGGCCUCACCGCCUUAUCGUGAUUCUAAGUCCGAUACUGUGAAGAUCCCAAAUGGUUGUAUUUUCUUUAAACCCUCUUCAAGAACCUCCCUGUUAUCUUCAAAUUCAGGCUGUUCUUGUGCCAUAACCGGCACUUCUGCAUUGCUUGCUGAACCCACCAGCUGUGAUAUUAUAGAUUACAAUGCGAAAAUUAUAAAGUUCUGCGAAAUGGGUAAUCUGAAAAACGCCACGGAAUUGCUUUCUUGGUCACAAAAAUCCGAGCUUGAGUUGAAGACUUACUGCUCCAUAUUGGAGCUCUGCGCUGAACAUAAAUCGCUAGCGGAUGGUAGAAAGGUUCACUCAGUUAUUUGUGCGAAUGGUGUAGAAACUGCAGGAUAUUUAGGUGCAAAACUUGUUUUUAUGUAUGUAAAUUGUGGGGAUUUAAGAGAAGCCAGACGGGUUUUUGAUAAAAUUUCAAACGAAAAGGUUUUUCUUUGGAAUCUUAUGAUUAAUGAGUAUGCAAAGAUUCGUAAUUUUAGGGAAGGAAUAGACUUAUUUAACAAGAUGCAAGAGCUUGGAGUCCAACCAAAUUCUUACACAUUUUCUAGUGUUAUGAAGUGUUUUGCAACCUUAGGAAGUGGAAAAGCCGGCGAAAAUAUUCAUGGGUAUCUGUAUAAAUUGGGUUUUGGGUCGUACAACACAGUUGCAAAUUCUCUAGUAGCUCUAUAUUUCAAGAGUAGAAGAGUUGAAAGUGCACGAAAGGUGUUUGAUGAAUUGAGUGAUCGAGAUGUUAUAUCGUGGAAUUCUAUGAUAAGUGGAUAUGCGUCUAAUGGUCUUGCGGAGAAGGGAAUUCAGAUUUUCAUAGAGAUGCUCGGUUUAGGAAUUUACAUGGAUUUGGCUACAAUGGUCAAUGUUCUAGUGGCUUGUGUAGAUAUUGGAACUCUUCGGUUGGGAAGAUCGCUUCAUGCUCAUGCAAUAAAAGCUUGUUUUGCUGGGGAAAUCAAGUUCUGCAAUACUUUACUGGACAUGUAUUCAAAAUGUGGUGACUUACAUGGUGCGAUUCAAGUUUUUGAGAAGAUGGGUGACAGAAGUGUGGUGUCAUGGACUUCAAUGAUGGCAGGUUAUGUUCGAGAAGGUCUCUCUGAUGAGGCAAUCAGAUUAUUCCAUGAAAUGGAAAGAAAUCGGGUUAGCCCAGACAUCUUUACUAUCACAAGCAUACUUCAUGCUUGCGCUUGUAGUGGUUCCUUAGAAAAUGGCAAGGAAAUUCACGAUUAUAUUAGGAAAAAUAGCAUGGACUCAAAUUUGUUUGUCUGUAAUGCUCUUAUGGAUAUGUAUGCUAAAUGUAGAAGCAUGGAAGAUGCUCACUUGGUUUUUUAUAAUAUGCCUGUGAAGGACAUCAUCGCAUGGAAUACAAUGAUUGGGGGUUACUCCAAAAACAAUCUUCCCAAUGAAGCUCUGAAGUUGUUUGCUGAGAUGCAACAAAAAUCAAAACCCGAUAGGGUAACAGUAGCCUGUGUCCUUCCAGCUUGUGCUAGCCUAGCAGCUCUGGGUAAGGGCCAGGAGAUUCAUGGUCACAUAUUAAGAAAUGGAUACUUCACAGAUCGAUAUGUUGUGAAUGCGCUUGUUGAUAUGUAUGUGAAGUGUGGGGUAUUAGUUCUUGCACAGUUACUUUUCGAUAUGAUUCCUGUGAAGGAUCUGAUUUCAUGGACAGUGAUGGUUGCUGGAUAUGGCAUGCAUGGAUUUGGAAGUGAAGCAAUCUCUGCCUUUGAUGAGAUGAGAGAUGCAGGUAUUGAGCCUGAUGAAGUCUCCUUCAUUUCUAUCCUCUAUGCUUGCAGCCAUUCUGGAUUAGUUGAUGAAGGAUGGAGAUUAUUUAACAUUAUGAGAAAUGAAUGCAAGAUUGAGCCAAAGUUGGAGCACUAUUCAUGUAUGGUGGAUCUUCUUUCCAGAACUGGGAAUCUGUCAAAGGCAUAUAAAUUCAUUAAAACAAUGCCAAUUAAACCAGAUGCCACGAUCUGGGGUUCCUUGCUCUGUGGUUGCAGGAUCUAUCACGAUGUAGAACUAGCAGAGAAAGUUGCAGAACGUGUUUUUGAACUAGAGCCAGAGAAUACCGGGUAUUAUGUACUUUUAGCUAAUAUAUAUGCGGAGGCAGAAAAAUGGGAAGAAGUGAUGAAGCUGAGGCAGAGAAUUGGCCGGAAAGGCUUAAAGAAGAAUCCAGGAUGCAGUUGGAUAGUUAUCAAGGGCAAAGUAAAUAUCUUCGUUGCAGGAGAUAGUUCCCACCCACAAGGGGGAAAGAUAGAGUCACUAUUGAAGAGGUUGAGGGCGAGGAUGAAGGAAGAAGGUUUCAAUCCUAAAAUACGAUAUGCUUUAAUUAAUGCAGAUGACAUGGAGAAGGAAGUAGCUGUCUGCGGGCACAGUGAGAAGUUAGCCAUGGCUUUUGGAAUACUUAGCUCGUCGCCAGGACAAGUCAUACGGGUCACCAAGAAUCUGCGAGUUUGUGGUGACUGUCAUGAGAUGGCCAAGUUCAUGUCUAAGAUAUCCGGGAGAGAGAUUGUCUUGAGAGAUUCUAAUCGUUUUCACCAUUUCAAGGAUGGAAAUUGUUCUUGUAGAGGUUUCUGGUGAAUUUAAGUGAUGGUAAAGUCAAAACGAGGAAAAUUAGAUGUAAAGGAGCUCAUUGUGUAGACUCUAGACACAGCUCGCUGCCUUCUUACUAGUUGAUUCUCAGUAAGUCGCGAGUGAAUUGUUGUAAAUUAUGGUUCUUGAUUGACAUAACCAAAUUCUGAAUGACCAUUUUGGAUUAGGUAUUCUUUUUAUACCAGGUGAAAUGAAAAAGGUGCUUAUGCUUACCGCAAGCUUUUAGCUAUUUGUGAAUA